AUGGUUGACAUACAGUCUCGGUUUGUGAAUUCACUGCGGACACAGGCUAGCAAUAAAACAGAGAGUCGAACGGUGGGCUCACUACCGUGUCCUUAUGGCCAUCCUGGCCGGACCUUCCAGAGCGUCGAGCAGCUUUACAAUCACGCAAAAGCCGAACAUGCUCCUGAAAUCGAGGGUCUCGAGGAAAUUCAAGCGAAGAUUGAAGUGCGCAACGCGGCUUUGAAGUUAAGACAGUCGGGGUCGCCAUUUGAGGCCAUUUCUGGUGGCAAUACCGCGCCCGAUAUUGCUGCCCUAUCUCUAGAAGCAGGGAAGAAACGUCAAACGUCGCCCUCCUCCGGAAAGAAACGGCGAGCUGAGUCUGAGAUCGGGGCUCAUCCAGACUAUUCUAGAGACAUUUCUUACACGAUGCAGCCUAGUAAGCCUCGCUCGAAGCCCCUUGACGCCCGCUUGUACAACCCAACACAAGGCACCAAGUGCAUUGCUUCUUCUUGCCGUUCCACGACAGGACGCUCGAGCGACCGCUCAGCUGACGUCCGCCAUGCCCACGCGCGGCAGAAAGACGAUCCCCGUUAUCCUGGAUUCCUCCUGCAGCCAGAUAGUCGUCCGAUUUCACAGGAACAGCUUGCGUCGGAAGUCAAGUCAAUUUAUGCCGGUCUGACUAUGGUCGAAACAAAAUGUAUACACGUAGAUCGAGAACAGGCAGCUGCGCCGCAAGGCCCGAACCAGAAGCUGGCGCCCGAUCAUUGGCAAGCGCUUAUUGCCCUCCAUCGCACGCUACUUCACGAGCAUCAUGACUUCUUCCUGGCUUCACAGCAUCCGUCUGCAUCACCAGCACUUCGCCGCUUAGCGGGCAAAUACACGAUGCCGGCUCGCAUGUGGAAACACGGGAUACAUUCGUUUUUGGAGUUACUUCGUCAAAAGCUACCCCACAGUCUGGAUUAUAUGUUGGCCUUUAUCUACCUGGCAUAUCAGAUGAUGGCGCUCUUGUACGAGACUGUGCCAGCUUUUGAAGAUACAUGGAUUGAAUGCCUUGGCGAUUUGGGCCGUUAUCGCAUGGCUAUUGAAGAUGAGGACAUCCGGGAUCGUGAGAUCUGGGCGGGAGUUGCACGGUCGUGGUAUUCGAGAGCUGCUGAUAAGAAUCCGACUGUUGGGCGUCUUUAUCACCACCUUGCGAUCCUGGCGCGUCCGAAUGCUCUCCAGCAGAUGUACUACUACAGCAGGUCUUUGGCCUCUGUUGAGACCUUCCCAAGCGCUCGUGAGUCAAUCAUGACUCUUCUGGGUCCCGUACUGAGGCCUGACCCGCCGGGAUACUCGAUACCUUCCCCGGUAGAUGCUAGCUUCGUCACUGCUCAUGCACACAUCUUUACUAGAAACGUUGUGGAUAAGUACGGAGCUGCCCAGGCUGAGUAUCUCAGCCAACUCGACAACCACAUCGGUCGUGUAACAGCGAAGUGGAAGGAACAGGGCGUGUACACAGCCAUCAUAAAUAGCGCCGCUUGGCUCGACUAUGGCGCGGAGACCAACACUAUCCGACUAAUUCUCGAGCUUCGUGCAAGGGAGCGAAGACAGUCACAUCUCACCGAAGAUCAAAUCAUGGCCGAGCUCGCCUUACAGAAAGACAAACCGAAGAUCACAGAAUCUGAGAUCCCGUCUACUGUAGAGGCCUUGUCUACAGAUAUGGCUUUCUGCGAAGCCGUCAACUUGGCAAACAGGACGCUCUCUGUGGCUCUUCGUCGUAUUGGCGAUAAAAACGUCCUUCCUCAUGUUCAUGUUAUGCUUGCUUUCCUUUCUGUUCUCGCCUCGAUCGAAUACGUUGCCGACCUCAUUGAGCAAGCGCCCUGGGCUGAUCUAGUCCCUUUUCUUAAUACCCUUGUCAAGAUGGAGACCCAGCAAUCCCAGGCCCAAGAUUUCGAUGCGCUAUUCGCCCAGCCAACAUUUGCUGUUGGCAAGGAGGGCAAGGAUGACCAUGCUGAGCUACCGUUGCCCGAGGAUUACCUGAUUCGUGGUCUAGUCUGGGGCGAGGAGUACUUCCCUUCAAAAUACUUCGAGAAAGAACACGACGAGGAAGAGAGGUAUCUCGAGCUCGCAAGCACGGCCAAAUGUCGAACCGAGCGCGUUUUAAGACUUGGUGCUCAACUGUCAUCUUUCAAUCGCUGGAUUUCCUACAACGAAAUCGCACAUACUUUUUCUACUCUUCAACCCCGGACUGCUAAGUCGUUAUGA